AUGGAUUUUUUGUCAAGUUAUCGUGUUCCACUUAUCUCUUGUCUGAUCUUCGUUAUCGUCGCUGCAUUUUUGGCAGUAGCUCACGCCGGUAUCAUCAGCACUCCCGCUGGAACCGUCGUUUCUCGACCAACUAUAAUCGAAUCAGAACCUUUUGACCAUCAUCCCCAGUACAGUUAUAGCUACGCCGUUGCUGACGGAUGGACCGGUGACAACAAGGCCCAGCAUGAAACACGCAACGGAGACCUAGUUCAAGGAGCUUACAGCCUGGUAGAACCCGAUGGUUCCCGACGCACUGUUUCCUACGCAGCUGAUGCCGUCAACGGUUUCAACGCUGUUGUUCAGAAGAACCAUAAUGUAAAUGUAAACAGCCAACACACUGUCGCUUCUUCAGUCACUCCUGUAAGAAAUGUCGUUAGCGAACCGCGAUCAUGGAACCAUGGCUGGUCCCAUGACCAUGGCCAUGGCCAUAACCAUGGACAUGGACAUGGACAUGGAUAUGGACCCGCGGCUGUUGUCGCUACUGCCAAUGCUAAUGUAUACCGUCACCACUCGAAUUUGGCUACUUCACCGUACAUCGCAUCUAAUCUCGUGGAAGUUGGCGCCGCAGCAGGUGCCUCUGCCGCUACCGGGUCGCUCUAUGAUCCCCAACGUCGGUUCUGGAUGUAG